UCUUAACUCCCUUUGUUUCUUCAUUGACUCCCUAAAGACUCUCUCUGAGCUACUGUCCACUAUCCACUGUUAUCCACACAAUCUACCACUAUCUACUACUAUCUACCACUAUCUACUUGACCCGGAGUAACAAUUUCUCGGCACCAUGCGCAUGACAGCUUUGGUGAGCUUGGCAUUUUCUGCCUCUAUAGGCCUUAUGUUCCUCAUCUUGGCCUGUGCUCUGCCAGAGUACAAUAACUGGUGGCCGUUCUUUGUGCUGGUGUUCUAUGUCCUUGCUCCCAUUCCAACAAUUAUCGCUCGGAGAAUGUCGGAGGACUCUGGCGGCAGCAAUCCGUGUAAAGAACUGGCAUAUUUCGUAACGGCAGGCUUGGUUGUCUCUGCCUUUGGUCUUCCCAUUGUGCUGGCCAGAGCACCAGUGGAACAGCCGGUGAUCCAGUGGGGUGCUUGCGCUCUGGUUCUCUCAGGGAACAUUGUCACUUUCCUGACCAUCUGGGGCUUCUUUGUCAUGGCUGACAGUGACGAUGUUGAGUACAGCAUGUGGUGAGGUGCAAGUAUGGGCUGAGUGAGUGGGCGAAGAAGGUGCCAUGGACGGAGGUCGUUCGUUGCUCUCUCCCAUAAUCCCAAGGGACAGAACGCUGCUUGUAAUCUCACUGGGACCUCAGUUCACAAUGACUGUAGAAAAUUUGCGAUUUAUAAUUACCAUUAGACGUUUAGGGCUUCAAGGGAAGAUGUUGUAUCAAAAGAACAUUUAUUGUGGGUCACAAGCACUUGCAGUCUGUCUGUUUGUCUGUCUGUCUGUCUGUCUGUCAGUUUUAUGGUCUUUUGAGAUGACUUAAUAUGGAUGCAAUAUGCUAGGGUUAAGCAUUGGUUUUAGUUGAUUCAUGUGAUCAGUCUGUCAUUUGUCAAAUUUUAAUGAAUUAUGCUUGUCAGUGUAGUCUUUCCUCUUGGAUGAUUAUGUUGUGGGCUACCAGCUGGUACUUCAGUCUUUCUCUGCCUUAUUCUCAUUCUUGUACACAAUGACAAUCAUAUGAGCAUUAUUCUUAUAAGGAGUAGUAGUAUUGAUGUCAUCAUUUGUUUGUAGUUUCUUAUUUAAUCUUAUUAAAAGUUCUUUUUUUCCUUUCUUUCUUUUGCGGAUGGCAUAGAUGAGAUUUUAAUUUUUCUUUUCUUUUCUCUUUUAGAUAAUUUGAUCAGGCAAGACAACCUUAAAUUUGGAUCUGAUAUUUUUUGAGAGAUAAUCUGCAAAGUGGUAUCAUAUAAGAAUUAUCCAAGAAUGAUUUAGAGUUUCUAUUGGUAUUGUGUUAUUUGAUACAUGAAUACACAUGAUUUCAGAAUUGGUGAUAUGUCAUUUAGUAAAAAUUGUUUCUAUUGGUAUUGUGAUAUUAUACAAUUUAUAUAUACAUAUUAUUUCAGAUUAUAUUUUUUGUUAUUUUCAUUACACUGAAAUGUGAUGUGUACUAUUAAUGAUUGAUAAAGUAGAGAAGUAGUGGAAAUGCUCUGUUUACUCUAAGGGAGGAUGAAGUAAAAUACUCUUGCACUGUAUUUUACGAAUGAUGAAUAGUGUGAUGUUAUUUUACAUUUAUUUAUUGAUACUUCAAUGUUCCUUUUUUUUUAAAUAUACCCUGUAAUUUAACCCUCAUUC